AUGCAAUAUCAAAAGAUUGGACAUACAGAUAUUGAAAUAUCUCGUAUAAUUCUUGGUUGUGGCUCGUUUGGAGGUAUUGGCUCGGCUCCUGAAUUUUUUGGUCAAGGUGAAAAUGAGGAACAAUCACAUGAAAUUCUUGAUGCUGCUGUUCGUCUUGGUAUAACAACAUUUGAUACAGCUGAUGCUUAUGGUGGCGGUAGAAGUGAAACAUAUAUAGGAAAUUGGUUAAGAAAAUGUGAUAAAAUAGUUCGAAAUAACAUAGUAUUAAGUUCAAAAACAUAUAAUCCAAUGUUUAUUGGUGAUAGUAAAGGAUUAUCAAGAGAAAGAAUAUCAGAGAAAAUUGAUGGUACAUUAAAACGUCUUGGAAUAAAACAAUUGGAUAUGUAUCUAUCACAUGAAAUGGAUGUGCAAAUAACUCUUGAAGAAACACUUAGUUGUUUUAAUGACUUACAAAUAAAUGGAAAAAUAUCAGCAUAUGGUGCAUCCAAUAUCAGUUGUGAACAAUUAGAAAAAAGUAUAUCAAUUUGUGAUAAUUUGAAUUUACAUCGAUAUGAAUGGAUACAAAAUUCUAUGUCAUUAUUGAAUUAUCGUGAAGCCGAACGAAUAUUACAAAUCUGUUCGAAAUAUGGUCUUGGUUUUACUCCUUACAGUCCAUUAGCAGGUGGUUGGUUAACAGGAAAAUAUCAGCGAGAUGUUAAUUAUGAACCUGGCUCUCGAAUGACACUACGACCUGAACCUUAUGAAAAUUAUGUUCAACAUCAGAAUAGUAUAUUUGAUGGAUUAAAUUCAAUGAAAAAAAUCAGUAAAGAACGAUUUGGUGAUAUAAGUAUUGCUGGUUUAAGUUUAGCUUGGUUACUUAGUGAUUGUCGAAUCACAGGAAUAGUUAUUGGACCUCGUAAACCAGAACAUUUGAAACCGAUAGAAGAAGCAUUAAACAUACAUCUUAAUGAAACAGAUCGAAUCGAUUUAGCUAAUCUAUUUCCAGUGUUAUAA